ACCCAAAAUUUACAAAUUUUGUUGUAACGAUUUCGGCAUUUUGCAAUUCAGAGCACGAAUUUUGCGCCUUUUCAUUCUUGAUUCGCGUAAUCUUUAAUCAUUCUAAUUAAAAAUUUAAUCAAUCGGUUAACCGUUAUUUUUAAAAUCGUUCGACACUUCUUUUUGUUCUUUUAAAUGUGAAACAUGACUGUGAUAAGAAAUUCUUUGCCUUGGUUCACUUUCCUGUAAUGUAAGUAAGAGAUCACUUUCAAGCUAAAUUUUACCGGCGGAUCCUAUGAAAAAUUCAAUUCACUGUGGUGUUGCAUUAUAUUUUGAUAGUCUCGUUGCCUCAGAAUUCAAACUCAACCGAGUUAAUUUGCUGACGCAGAAUUUACCCAACGUGACCAGACAACUGUUACUAUGUCAAACGACGUCCAACAUCGUACGAUCAACUCGCGUACAAAUUCUAUAGGCGAUGAUAACGCUGAAAAUGACAUUUCCAUAUACGCUACUCCGAGACCAGAUACGCCAUUUGUUACGCCCAGUUCAACCCCCAGACUUAUACAUUGCAGACUAAAUCCGGUGACAACGGUCAGGCAACAUGUACCAUUAAAAAUAAAUUUUACUCAAAAAGCUGACAGUGCGACUUCCGAUCAAGCCGCUUUGAGCAAAUUUAACGAAAUUAAACCUAUGAAUACAAAAAAAGUAAAAUGCGUCAUACAAACGAAUCCGUUGUAUCAAGAUGGAGAUGGCGAUCAACCGAUUGCAACAAAUUCCAAACAACCUGUUCAAAUUUCCGGUGAAUAUAGUAAUAAUUCUAUUAGCUCUCACUGCCAUCCCGAAGGCGAUACUGAACCUGGUAUCGUCAACAAUGACAAUCAGCUGGCUGAUAAUGUACAAUCCGUAGCUGUGAUAGAAAAAGAAAUCGAAUUAAUGGGUAAAUUUGUAAAAGAUAGCAUCGAACGACUGCAAAAAAACUGUGAUAUUAAAACAAAUUCUGAUGGUUGUGACGUUCUACCCAAUACCAAUAACUGUGAUGAUUAUAGCCAUAAAAGCGAAAAAAAUAAAUCCGAAAAGGUAUCCAAGUGUACGGCUAAUAAGAAUAUUUGUGCUCAAGAAAAUAAUUUACCAGCCGGCCAUAAAUGUGAAAAGAAAAAAUUCUACGAUCCGGAGGAUAUUCGAAAAUACAUGCUGAAGAAGAAAAGUGAAAGACAAGCGAAAGAAAAAGAAGAACGGCAUAAAAAAGAAUCCGAAGCUAUGGCUUUAAAAAGAAAAAGCGAAGCUACAAAAAUGUUGGUUACAAAAACUCGAAUUCCUGUUCUUCGAAAUCAUCACAUCAACGAACCAGAGGUACAGACUGAAAACAAAGCUAAAGGUUCUCGCAGAGCGAAAUCUUUUUGUCCUAAAGUGGUCGACGAUCUGAGUAUACCAAAACAAACGUUUCUGAGUGGCGAGAAAACUGAAUUCCAUCGAAGAUAUUCCAAGGAUUUACCGCAAGCUGACGAUAACAGGAAACAUACGGAAACGACGAAUAAAAAUGAAGAUAAAGUUACUCAAAUUUCUACAAAAGUUGCAACGCAGCAUACGAAUACCGAUGAUCUAUUCAUAGGAAAUUUUAAUCAUCUUAUUAAUGAACGCGCUGGAAUCAAUCGUAAAAUAUCAAUAUCGGAAAUACCGCCAUCUAUCAAAACAGAUCUCUCGAAAGUAGCUGUUACCAAAAAUAAAACUUCCGAAGCCAAUAUGCAAAUUUUGGCAUCAUCGAAUAUUCCCGAAGAAUUGGACGUUCUGAAAUCGAAAAAUCCCUAUAAUUUUCUGAAUAUAUUGAAAGGAAAAGUAAACCUGGUUAAAAAUGCUAACGACGUUGUUAAUGAAGAGAUGUCUGACGAUAAUUUGUUGACCGAAGCGUUCUCGCCAUCUCCUUCGAAGAAAUUCGACCGUUUAAAACUCGAUAAAGACCAGUUCCUCGAUGAUAUAAUCAAGCGUAGAAUGAAAAUGGGCAACGCUGGAAGCUUAACCACUAAAUUAAACGAUCUGAAAACUGACGAAGAAUCUGAAAACGUCGAACCAAUCAAAAUACACGCUGCAAUAACGCCGCCAAAAAAUAACCAAACUUUUCGCGUUUGGCCGACGGAAAAACACGAUAAAACUUACACCGUUUUAGACAACGUUAAUAAAUCGAACGUAAAUAUCAUCAGCGAUAAAAGUUUAUCUCUUGAUAUAUCCGGUAUAAAGUCACUCUCGCCGACCGACAAAAAAAGUAGCAAGAAAUUGUUCCGCAAAGAUGAAUUUUUGUCGAGUAAAAUUAAUGCACCCGAUGAUCACUUAUUGAACACUACUGUGGAGUCGCAUUUCAAUCGAACUUUGACUUUGGAAUCCUUACACGCCCAUAAUGUUUCGUUAUCCAUACCGGACUCGUUUAUCAAAAAAGAUGACAACGAAAAUUGCGAACAGUCUUUGAAAAAUUUAUCAGUCGAUGUCAGAAAGUUGAUAGAAGAUGAGUCGGUCUUCAGAAGUGGUAUUGUUCAAGGAGCUGAUACAUCAUCUGUGAUUGGCAAAACUGAAAAAGUUUUGAACUACAGCACUCAGAAUUUCGGUUUGAAUGAAUCGUCGAAUUUUUCAUCUGACGAUCUUACCAAUCUUUCAACAACCGCUGUAUUCUUCGAUAUUUAUGACCAAAUGAUUAAAACUGAAGAUGAAAAAUUAGCGCAAAUAUUGAGAAAAAUUCAUCAGCAAAAAGAAGCUCUGAAUAAAUACCUGAAAAAAGAAGUUUUUGCUCUAGAAUCGAAGAAAAACGUUUAUCGAGAGAAUAAAGAUGAAGAAAAAAUCAAAGCAAUCAAGAAACGUCAAAGAGCUGUGUUAUUAAAAAUAACGAAAAACAUUCAAGAAUUAGAAAAGAUGAAAAAGUCAGUCACAGAAACUGUAGAGAAAAGAAAAACUGAAAUAAUGCGACAAAAAAAUACUAUAAAAGAGAAAAAAGAAUUUCUCAAACAGAAAUUUUCACCACCCAAGAAAAGAAAAUCUGAAGGCAAUAAGACGUUUCUCAUUUCAAAACAAACGAAUACUCUGUUCAUGGGAAUAUCAUCAUCGAGUAGUACUUCGCUUCUUUUAGACAACGGGGAAAACGAGAUCCAAGAACACGUGGAAAAAGAAACUGAAAAUGUUACCGAGAAAGUCAGUUUGAAGAAACAUUUUGGAAUGAAAGACACUGCCACUUCACCGGUAAAUUUCCCUACAGGUAUCUCAAUUAAAUUCGAGUUAGAUCCGGAGAAACUAUUAAAAUUAAAAAACUUCGGUGAAAUUAAAAUCGAUCCAUUACAACUAGAAAAAGAUGAAGGAAAAAUACGUCUACCUCAAUCUUUGAGCCACGAAUCGACUGACGCUGAUUUCCCUUCGCAAGUCAACGACCGUGAAAAAAAUGAAAAGAGUUCGUCGAAAAUCAUGAUCAAAAGACCUUUGUCGCCAGUAGUUCUACCUCCAUCUAGAAAAGUAUCUCAGUUGCGUCGUUUUUCUUCGAGCUCGGAUGUUACUCUUACCUCAUUGAAUGAUACCACGACUGAUCAGAGCGAUGUUGAGCUUAGAAUAUCUGCUUUACGAGAGCAACUACGUCAGCGUAAAUUGGAAGCCGAAAGAUUGCGCAGGGAAGAAAAACAAUUACGUAAAGAGAAACUGCGAGCUAAGGAACAAUCGUUAAUCAAGCAGUUGGAAGCUUACGAUCAAUAUAUCCAAAAAGUUACCAAAAUGUUAUCGGAAGAUCGAAGCGUAACCGAAGUAGCUAAACCGCAAAUUAAACCAGUUACCAAACGUCCUUCUUUCGUCGAGCCAACGGAUAAAACUAUCGAGUCAGCAAACUUCAACAAACCUUUCUUUGCAUCGACACACGACGAUAAUACUUUGCCAAAAAACAAACGAAUUUUCGACGAUCUAGAUGGUGAAAACACCGAAGACUCGGAAAAACAUCUAAGAAAAGCCGACAGUGGUAUUUUAAUAGAAUCAGAAGUCACCGAAGUAUCGGAAAAUAUUGAAAUUCGUAAAAGUAAAUCCGAAUCUGAGAUCAAUUCGAAUAUGAUAUCUGAUCGUGUCGCCAAUAAGCUUCAUUCCAAAAUUAUAAACGGAGCUAGUAGUAAAUCGAUGGAUAACUUUUUACAACUUAUUAACGAUAUUCAAUCUGAGGUCGUUUCUAUGUCGGAACAAGUCUAUUCGUCGGAUUUCGUCGAAGAUAUUCCAGAAGAUUUGCCUGACAGUAAAUCAGAAAUCGAGAACGUCGCUAAUUAUAAUACAUCUUUCUCUGUCGAAGAAAUACAAAGCGAUCAUCAAUAUCAUUCUGAUGGUGAAACAAAACCCACCUCGAUUGGAGAGGAUUUGUUGGGAAAAGAUUAUUAUUCGAAUGUCCACGAUGAAGUUUCAGUCAAACCGAAUGAAGUAGAAAUCGAAAAACCGAAAUCCGAAUCCGACUUGAGCGAUAUUUUUGUCGUGAAAAAUAUCUCCGAUAUUGAAAGUUCGCCUUCUGACCAACAAAAGCUAUCGAUUAUUGCAUCAGAAAAAUUAUCUACGAAAGACGAUACAAAUCAGCCUUCAGUCGACGAAGAUCUACAAAAAGAUAACACUUCAAAAAACACUGCUGUCGAACUUACACCCGUCGAAGAACUGAAAAUAAUUAGCUCGUUGCAAAAUACCACUAUCAGCGAAGUCUCACCCGCAGAAGAAAUCCGAACAGUCAGCUCUCUGAAAAAUAUCUCCGAAGAAGACGAACCGAUUGAAAAAAUGAAUCUGGGUAGUUUUUCAGAAACUCCAAUGACCGAGAUGGGAGAUAAUUCGGUAUUUUUUGAUUUCUCUCAAGUUGACCAUUCCGGUAACUUGAAAUCUGCGCUGAAUGAAGAAUUCAUUAAAUACGAAAGCGAAGGAUCUUGCGUGGCUGACGUUGAUGAACCGGUACGCAAAACUGACGAUAUUCAGACCAUGAUGGAUGGAUUAGAUUUAUCGGCUCAAAUUAACAAUUUCACUCAAUCGGAAGAUUUCAUGUCUAAUGACGACGCUGAACAGAAUUUCGACGAGAUGUUGAACAACUUGGAAUCGUAUUUUAGCGUGAAAAUAACAUCGGUCGACGAAGAACCUGAAAUAAUACCAUCGCGCGCCACCGAUACCGAAGAAAAGAAUCUCGAUGAAAUGAAAAUCGACCAAAAAUCACCCGAAGAUGAAAACGUAUCGCCUAUUAAAAUAACCGAGCUAGGAUUAGAAGAAACAGAUGUUUCUGAAAGUCUAGAAUACGACACAACUCCGACAGAAAACUCAUCCAAACAGAAAUACAAUAUUCAUUGUACGUUGUCAGAAAAAAAUAAAGAGAUUCCCGAAACCGAUCGAAACGAAGAUCAAAAAUCGCGUGAAAGUCAGCCCGAAAGUAUUAAAUCGUUAUCCGCCGAAGCAGACCGCAGCGACGAGGAGUUUUUAGAAGAUUAUUCAAUUCCGAACUUGGGUAUGUCGACUUUUAUAGUCAAUGAAGAUUCGACAUCGGAAGCUGACCGUGAAACAGGGAACAAAACUCUCGUAUCAUCUCCGGUCGAACCCAUUUCCGAAGUUCACUCCGAAAUCAUCCAACAUUCUGAAGAUCUCGAUCAAAAAAUCAACGUCGAUCAGACACCGUUUUUGGAGGCUUUGAGACGAGAACGUGAGACGUUGUUUGGUCAAAAACAAGAAGUAUCUGAAAUCAUCGCUUCGGAUGACUUGCUCGAAAAAUUAUCAGACGAUAAUUAUGCCAGUACUUUGAAGGAAAUUGCGAAGAGUAUCGAUUUGGAUGACGAUACUAAAGAAAAAGUGAAUGACAUCACAGACGAAACACCUAUUACCAAAACAGAAACCGAGGUAGACGAACACGAAGCUGCACUCAAGAAACGUAAUAAAAUUAGCAAUGAUUGGCUCGAAAAAGAGUUGAAUUUUAAUCGCGGAGGGCUGCAAGAAGCCGAAGAACUCAGACUGCAACAAAUGCGAAUCGAACAAGAGAUCGAAGAACUACAAGCUCAGCAACAAAUUCCUCCAUAUUUAUACUUUCGAGACAUACCUAACAAACCUCCACCUCCUUACACACCUCCUUCGGAACACAGUUCGAUACGAAUACCUCAGAACGAAACCGAGCUGCAGUGUUUAAUCAAUCCAGCCAUACACUACGUAUGUAAAUCAUUAAAAAGAGGUGUUAAAAUCGACGAUAUCAAACAACUACCGGAAUAUACACCGAAUGGUAAAUCAAACACUGAAAUCACCACGUAUAGAAAAUUCAUCUUCGAUUUGAUCAAAGAAGUAGCCAGAAACAUUUUAGAAAACAACAAAACGAAAACAUGUUUACCUUGGGAAAGUCUCUCGAAACAUAAAAAACCCAAAGCACCGGUGAAAGAAGAAGAUUUACCCGCGAUUAUUGAAAACGAAAUUUUAGUUUUGUUCGGAUUCAGGUCGAAAAUAAAUAAAGAGAAAUUAAUCAUUCAGUGGAGUCGUAAAAAACGUACCGAUUUUGUGGAUGAUUUGUUGAUUAAAGAAUUACAAGACGAGGAAUCAGAAUGGAAGAAUUAUGAAGAAGAUGAGAAUAUUAUUAAGAAUCAAAUCACCCAGAAUAUUCUCGAUGAUCUGAUACAAGAAACUGUUGAUAGUUUACAAGACGCGUUUAAUAAGAAAAAUCAGUUUUUAGAUAAAUAAUUUUCAUGUUUUUUUUUUCUAAUUUUUCGUACCUAUGUUCUAAAUUUUUAAUAUUGUGAUUGCUCAAUUUUUGAAUUUAUUAUUAUUUUUUUCUUUUGUAUUAGCGUUAUUUUCUGUAUGAUUUAUUCAGUAAAUGAUCGUGUACGGUUUUGUAUUAAU